AUGCCUAAGGACAAAUAUCCAUCCAUUGAACUCCUUAUAUGGUCAGUGGAUUACCUAAAAUACCGGGUGCUACAAGGUGAGCCAGUACGGCUGAAGUGCGCUCUGUUUUAUGGUUAUAUUCGGGCCAACUACAGCCAGGCACAGAGUGUGGGUCUCAGCCUCAUGUGGUACCGCAGCUCUGGCUUGGGCCACAGCGACUUUGAGGAGCCCAUCUCUUUUGAUGGCGUGCACAUGAGCAAGGAGGAGGAUGCCAUCUGGUUCAGACCUGCUGACCUCCAGGAUGUGGGCCUCUACUCCUGUGUCUUACGGAAUUCAACAUACUGCAUGAAGGUGUCCAUGUCUUUGAUCGUGGCAGAAAAUGACACAAAUCUGUGCUAUAACUCCAACAUGAGGCGAGCUGAAAAGGCUGAGCUCAGCAAGAGUAAAGAAAUCCUCUGUCCUGACAUCGAUGACUACGUUGAACCAGGCAAAGAGAUAGACAUCACCUGGUACAAGGAGUGCCGUCCAAAGCAGUGGCGUGCCAGCAUCAUCCAGAAAAGAGACAUUCUCUCAAUCCAGGAAGUAAAGGAAGAUGAUAUUGGGAAUUAUACCUGUGAAAUUCAGUUUGGUGGUUUUUUGGUCAGGAGGACAACUGAACUCACAGUAACUGCUCCUUUGACUGACAAGCCGCCAAAGAUCCUGUUUCCCUCGGAAAACAAGAUUAGCAAUAUGGAACUUCAGCUAGGAAGUGCUUUGAACCUGACUUGCCGGGCGUUUUUCGGCUACAGCGGCGACGUUAGCCCGCUCAUCUACUGGAUGAAAGGAGAGAAGUUCAUAGAGGACCUCGAUGAAGAGAGAGUCCAGGAGAGUGAAAUCAAGGUGGUCAAAGAGCAUCUCGGUGAACAGGAAGUGGCCAUUUCCUUGACUAUUGACUCUUUAGAGGAGGAGGACCUGGGAAAUUAUUCCUGUUAUGUGGAAAAUGGUAAUGGUCGUCGCCAAGCAACCGUCCAGCUCUUCAGGCGGGCAGAGCUCAUGUACACAGUGGAGCUGGCAGGAGGGCUGGGAGCGAUCCUACUGCUACUGAUCGUUCUCAUCUCCAUCUACAAAUGCUACAAGAUCGAGCUGAUGCUUUUCUAUAGGAGGCACUUUGGCAGUGAGGACGUGGAUGGAGAAAACAAAGACUAUGAUGCAUACCUGUCCUACACCAAAGUGGACCCUGACCAGUGGAGUCAGGAGACCAGAGAGGAAGAACGCUUCGCCCUGGAAAUCCUCCCCGAUGUCCUGGAGAAACAUUAUGGCUACAAACUCUUCAUCCCAGAUCGAGAUCUCAUUCCAACAGGAAGUCUCACCAAUGAGCAUUACCAGGAUGACACACGACUGUUUAGAGCCUACAUAGAGGAUGUGGCACGGUGUGUUGACCAAAGCAAACGCCUCAUUAUAGUGAUGACACCCAACUAUGUGGUGCGACGAGGCUGGAGCAUCUUUGAGCUGGAGACACGACUGCGCAACAUGCUGGUAACUGGUGAGAUUAAAGUCAUCCUGAUUGAGUGUGCUGAGUUGCGCGGCAUCAUGAACUACCAGGAGGUGGAGGCUCUUAAGCAUACCAUCAAAAAUCUCACUGUCAUCAAGUGGCGCAGCCCCAAGAGCAACAAGCUCAACUCCAAGUUCUGGAAGCAGCUGCAGUACGAGAUGCCAUUCAGGCGCACAGAGCCCAUGCUCACCCAUGAGCCGGCGCUGGACGUCAGCGAGCAGGGCCCCUUUGGAGAGUUGCAAACCGUCUCUGCCAUCUCCAUGGCAGCAGCCACAUCCACCGCCAUGGCCACCGCCCACCCAGAGCUGCGUUCCUCUUUCCACAACACCUACCACACCACCAUGAGGCAGAAACACUACUACCGCAGCUACGAGUUUGACAUACCCCCAGGAGGGACCCUGCCACCUCUCUCCUCCCUGGGGAACCAGCACACCUACUGCAACAUCCCACUGACACUGCUGAACGGUCAGAGGCCUCCCGGGAAGAGCCGGGAGCACAGCCUGGAGGAGGCGCACGCUAACAAUGCCAUGCUUCCCCUGCUGCCCAGGGAAACCAGCAUCUCCAGUGUCAUCUGGUAAUGAUGAACAGACUCAGCAUCAGCUGUAGGAAGAUCAGUCAGAGUCAGGCACGGCCAGGCUCUGGCUGGCAACUCUAAGGAAUGCAAAGCAUGGUUUUCAGAGGAAAAUCUUUUGGAUAGAUUCGGUUCCAACUGUUUUUAACUGGCAGCAAGUAGUGGAGAUACAGCAGGUUUUGGACACUGUUACCCUUGUUUUUUUUUCAAGUGGACAGCACUUCUGUUACAGUGGACGUUUUCUAUGUGAAACUACAGGAGAUUUAACGAAAACAUGGUUUCAUCAACUAGCAAGAGACGGACUUGCAAGAACUCCACUCUAAAGAACCGACCUACUAUAAUAACAAGUGUGCACAUAGAUGCAUACACACACACUAACACAUGUGCAUACAUAUAUACAAACACAAGGAAA